UGAGGGAGCAUUAUAUCUGCAAGUUAAAUUUCAUGGGUUGUACCUGGCAAGUACUGCCUACGUACUCUCACCAUGAUGCUUUCGUCAUCAUCUUUCCAUGUCUUUUCUCUCUAUAUAUAAUCUCUCUUUUCUAGUUUUCUUUCACUCUCUCUCUCUCUCUCUCUGGUUUUGAACUUUAUCGCUCUUCAAACCGUCGGAGAAAACAAUAAAAAUGAAACAUCUAAUCCGCCGCCUCUCUCGCGUCGCCGACUUAGCCUCAGAAUUCUCCAUCCGCCGAUCCACCUCCUCCUCCUCCUUACGCAUCCGCCGCGGUCAUCAUCGUCCCCACAUGCAACCGCCGUGGUCGAUUUGUCAGGCGAGACGAGUCCACACCGUCCCCGCCGGUCACGUACCCGUAUACGUCGGCGAAGAGAUGGAGAGGUUCGUGGUGAGCGCUGAGCUCCUGAACCAUCCGGUCUUCGUGGGACUGCUCAACAGAUCCGCUCAGGAGUACGGCUACGCUCAGAAAGGAGUCCUCCACAUCCCCUGCCACGUCAUCGUUUUCGAGCGCGUGGUGGAAACGCUCCAGUCGGGUUACAACGAGCCCGGGGAGAUGCAGGAGCUCGUCGCGUCGUUGUUCUCAAGCGAUGAGCUGAUACUUGGAACUACUGAGUAGCUCUGAUAAAAAUCCAACAGCAAUCUAUGUUUUUCCUCAGAUUAUGUAAAUAUAUAUACAAGUUUUUUAUUUA